AUGCGAAGGCCUGAACCCCUUCCUGCUUUCCCACCUACUCUAAGUGGUCCACAAAGUGGUCCUCUUUUCACUCGUGUUGAUGAAGUGAAUGGUGCAGUGAUAACUGUUAUUCACUCGUUGUCUGCUAACGGUCAAUAUACGGGUGUUGGAAGUGUACAAAGCGAGCUUUUCAGGACGGAGUUCAGAGACUCUGCACGUUACCUAGGACCAGUAUACACUCUCCCGGUCGCCCAAGAACUCUGCGAGGUCACCACAUUCCAUCCGCGUGUUUGUGAAGCCUUUUCGGGCGGGACCGUCGAUACAGUCUACCGCAUCACAACUGAACGGCUCUUUGAAGAGUUAAAUCAGUUCGUUUGUCAAAACCGAUACCGACUGCCUUCUAGUCAGGCGCGGCAAAUAAACAGAUGGUGGGAGUCCGUUUUUACGCAACAUAUGCUUCGCCUCUUUGGCGAGCAAGAUGUUCCUCGCAAUGCCACGGAACUUACAUUUUCUCGUCUUGGUGUCUAUGGAAUUCGCAUCAAGCAGUUCGCCAAGCUUAUUGAGGUACGGAGACGUUCCUAUUCAAAAAAAUUAAGAAGAAAAGGUUAA